CGCUUCGUCUCGCGAUAACGAGGCCAGAUAUUUUAAAUAUGGCGUCCGAACGAGACGUCGAACCUGACUCUCCCGUCAUACCUUCUAAUUCAAUUAUUCCACAAACCAUUUUAGAGGAGUUAUGCAGCCGUUUCUUAAUCAACAUACCGGAAGAAGAAAGGAAAGAUGUCGUUCGGUUGUGCUUUCAGAUUGAGACAGCGCAUUGGUUUUACGUCGACUUCUACCGACAGGAGCGACCAGAUCUCCCAACCUGUGGUCUUAAGGAUUUUACGAGAAUAAUUUUUGAACAGUUUCCAUUUCUCAAUAAAACUGGGGAAAAUAUUGACAAAAUUUUUGAGAACUGGAAGAAGUACAAGUACAGUGUUCCUGUCUAUGGAGCAAUAUUGUUGAAUCAAAGCCUGGACAAGUGUGUGUUAGUGCAGUCAUUCUCGUCAAAAAGUUGGGGUUUUCCUAAAGGAAAGGUUAAUAAGGAUGAAUCAGGAUUUGAUUGUGCUGUUAGAGAGGUAUUAGAGGAGACUGGAUUUGAGAUGAGAUUUUAUGCAGACCCAGACACUUAUUUUGAACACAACUUCCAGGAUCAUCAGAUUAGAUUGUAUGUUGUCCCUGGAGUCCCUGAGAAAACAGUGUUCCAGCCACUCACAAGAGGAGAGAUUAAGAACAUACAGUGGUUUUACAUAGACAAUCUUCCCGCUCACAAGAAAGAUACCGUUUGCCGAGAAAACAUGGGACUAAAUCCAAGUGCUUUCUACAUGGUUAUUCCGUUUGUAAAGAACCUGCGGAAAUGGAUAUCGGCGCGACUUAAAGAAGCAAAUAAACCCAAUCCUGAGCCGGUUGCUUCGGAAACGUCGAGGAAUGCUCAACUUCAGAACCUACUCGCUAAGGAAGAGCAACGCUUAGAGCAAGAACAGAAACGCGCUGCUGUGGAAAGAAGAAGAAAGCAACAACAGGAGAAAUUCCAAUUGCAACACGAUCUAAAUCACCCCCUGCGAUAUCAUCACAUGCAACAGAGAGGAAGUACACCGAAAGAUUAUCAAGCUUUGCUAGAAGAAAAUUUAGCUCACCGUUCUUCUCCAGUUGCGAGAGAAAAGGAGGGUACGCCGGUCUUCAAGAUAUUACAGCGGCCAACUGACGAGUCAUACACUGAGGAACCUUUUAAUCCCAUACAAAAACUUCUCUCUGGAAGCUUGGGUUUUGGUCCCGUCACAGCACAUCAACCCUUUCCUCCUUUGGGCGCUGCCACUCCUGAGAGGGGCGUUUACCCCCCAUACCACCACAUGCACGGUGUUAUAGGUGUCCACAGAGAACAUUUAUCUCCUGGGACCCCUCUCAUGUCAUCGCGCUCAAAGCAGCCGGAAACGUCCCCUUCAGAACACAGCUGGGAAGAUAAAGAGUUUCAGUUCACAUCCCCGGCCUUUUUGAAUUUUAAGUUUGACACCAAAUCGAUUUUAGCCUGUUUACCAACGUAGCUUACAAGAGAUUCGUCUCACAUCUGACAUCUAAAUAAUUCUGAUCGUGCUGAAGAAUGAUGCUUUGCCAGGAUUUGUAUUUUAGUCUUGCCUUAACGUUAUGCAGAUAUGCAUCUUUUUUUUUUAGUUUUUAAUUUUAUCAACGUUCAGGAAAUUUUAGAGUUAUUUCGAAGUGCCCCAUAUUCAACGUCAACAGCAGCAUACCGAUCUAAGAUCACAGAUCAGUCGUGGGGGGGGGGGGGGGGGGGGGGGGCUCUAUUUUUAGAACAAUUCUUAACAAGUGGCGGGAAUCCAUUUGUAAAGGAGAACGAACAACAAGUAAUAAACAAUAAAUGGAACGAACGGGUCGGAGAAAGAUAAUUUUUCAUCGCUUUCGUCUUUUAUGUUUUAUGUUGCUACAUCCACUCAAAACAACAAUUAGAAUUAUAUAUUUGUGACUAAGUUUCUUUUUUUAAUCAUUUGAGAUAAAUAUUCUCAAUAAAUUUAUGGAAGGACGGGAAUAAAGGGGAUUUUAACGAUUGA